CCAUACGGUCAGCUGCAGACGCGCAUGCGCAGAGCUAAAGCCAGCAGCUGAACCUUGUGUCAAAACACAGAGGGAAACCAGCAGCAGAGCGCAGAAUAUCACCCUAUAUCUGCUUCAGCGCCUCUUUUUCGGAAAGUAUUUGUCGACACAAAGAGUUUUUCUUUUACGUCCGCGUACCAUGACCGAACAAUCAGCAUUACUUCUUCGAAAACAACUGGCAGAGCUCAAUAAGAACCCCGUCGAGGGCUUUUCAGCUGGUCUGAUAGACGAUGAUGACAUAUAUAAAUGGGAGGUUGUGAUCAUCGGUCCACAAGAUACCCUUUUUGAAGGAGGGUUUUUCAAAGCGUACCUAACCUUUCCUUAUGAUUAUCCACUACGGCCUCCGAAGAUGAAGUUCAUCACUGAAAUCUGGCACCCAAACGUUGCGAAGAAUGGGGAUGUUUGCAUCUCGAUUCUGCACGAGCCCGGAGAAGAUAAGUUUGGUUAUGAAAAGCCAGAGGAGCGCUGGCUUCCCAUCCACACGGUAGAGACAAUCAUGAUUAGUGUUAUCUCCAUGCUGGCAGAUCCCAACAGCGACUCACCGGCUAACGUGGAUGCUGCGAAAGAGUGGAGGGAGGACCCUAACGGUGAAUUCAAGAGGAAGGUGGCUCGCUGUGUAAGAAAAAGUCAAGAGAUGGCAUUUGAUUAGGAGUCAAUUAUAAAUUCCAGGUUAAAGGAAAUGCCUUCAGAGGGAAAAUUUCAGCAAAAGGCUUUUGCACCCCUUGUUUUGCCAGUCAAAGGAAUUGGUUGGCUUCAACCACGUUUCUGUGAGCGGUCGUCAUUUUCCGCAAGAUGAGCCAAUUUGAGAACCCUACCAGCGAAAUUAACCUGUUUCCUACCUGGAAUUGUAUAUUUAAUGUUAUUUAUUUUGAAAAAUUAAUGAUGUAAGAUAUGUCACUACUGUAAAUUAACUUGCUUUUUUAUCUGCUGCUGAACAGUUUCUACUUUAUACCAGGUUUCUUAUGCAAUUUAGUGGUCAAGAUUGUGUAAAACAAAAACAAAAAAAUCCGUUACCAUUAGGUCAUCACUUGUCCUCCCUUCCUGCUGAAUAAUUACCACCAGAUUAAUUAAUGUCGGCCCAACGAAUCUCCGUCAAUAGAUGUGAUUAAUUUCAACACUGUCAUUGAAUCACUGUUGCCUUUUGUUGGCUUCACCUCCUCACAGUGUGCUUGUUGUCCAGAGGGUCAGGUUGAGAAAUUUAAGAAAAGGUUUAGAAAGAGUUUCGUUCAGUCGGUUUGUUUGUUUUUUUUCUGAGAAACAGCCUCCUGUUAGCAUUUUCUUUCUUUUGAGGUGUAAAACUAUGACUCUCAAACCUGCAUGAUCCCCUCAAACAGCUCUGUUAUGUAUUGUUGCUAGCUGUAGAUGUAAAUGGAAUGGCUUUACUCAGUGAUUUGAGAGUCACCGUUUUAAAACAGCACAGCUAAUGGUAAGAGGAGGUUUGUGCCAACUUCACGAGGGUUAGAAUAAACCUCCAAUAUACGCUUAAACAUGUCCCUCGUUAUCGAUGAAGAUUAAUUAUCACUGAGUUCUUUCACACAGUUACUAUAAGUCAUUGACAACCAAAUACAGUCUGUGAAAAUAGCCUAAGCUGUGAUUAUUCCGCAUGUGUGCUGGUUUACUGGCACCCGAGCUUACCUCAGUUAGAAAAGGAUAACAAAUUUGAUGAGGAUUAUGGUUGUUUGAGGUCUUAAUCUCUGAACGUGGGUAAUUCUAGGGGCUCCAUAGUAGAUUUAGGCUCGUCGUUCUCUGUUUGUUGUGGCACAUUUGGCUUUUGAUCGGCGUGCGGGGUAAAUGGUGAUGUGUAAGUCACAAUCACUCGUGGGGGUUUACACUCUGAGGAUUGCCGAGUAAUGCUAUUUAAUCCUAUAAACAUCUUGCGUUGCGAUUGGUGCAUACUUAGAUAAUGAUUAUCACCUUUUACUUAAUCACUGAAUCUGGGUUGUAAUUCUUGAUAGAGACUUGAAGUUAACUCACCACUUAGUAAAUACGUGUUCUGAAGAGGAAUGAACACAAUUCUGCAUCUAGGUUUUAUUUUGAAAGGGUCUACACAACCGUGUUCGGGUGGAGUCUGGAAACCAUUGGCUUUUGCUCACUUUCAUUGAUGGUGUUGCUGACGAUGAAGCCAUGAUGACAUCUAAUUUUGAAUUAUGUUCUACAUCUGAGACUGACAUUGAAAAACUAGCAAACCAUCUUUUUUGGCGCAUGCAAUCAGGUUCGAAGGAGUUAUGAAGGGUAUGUUUAAACAUAAUACCAUUGUUAGUACAUUCUGGGUGAAUGUGAUGUGUACAGUUAGUAGACUUCUGUAGACUUGAUGAUCACAUAACUGCUGUUGACAUUACCUUUUUAAGUCAGAAUUUUCUAACCUACCAUGACCUCCUCUGACCGGUGUUCACUGUAUUUGCACAGAUUCGGUGCGUUUGAAAUGUCAUUAAGCAAUACGCCCUGAAAAUGGUGUGUCCAGGUAAUCCACCCUAACGCCAUUAUUAUUUGUUUCAGGUUUUUUUUUUUCCUCCAUUUUGUGUCAAUGCAAUGUAUAUCGGACAUGAUGCUCAAUAAAGUGUGUAAACAGA